UCUUCAGUUUAAACGGAAGUGAACAGUGACCAAGAACAAUUUCCACGUUAGCGUUAAUGAACAACAUGGGACGAACAAAUAUGACAAAUUUAGCUGCACAGCAUCACAUGUAGUCUUUAAUUCGCGUUGGAGACAGGACUUGGUUGAUGGAUGUUAUUUAGGUGACGCUGAACUAACAAUGGCUAACUGUAUGGUUUCUCACACUCAAAUAGCCUCCAUCAUGGAAGUGCUAGCAAAUUCAGCCGUGGCAGAGAUCUGUAAACUCGUAGACGACGACUAUGCAGUGUUUCGUUUGGAAAUUUCUCAAAGCCAGAAAGAAAACAGGGGAUUGCGUAGGAAACUACAGCUACUUGAACUGAAGGUGGCACGGGAGCGCGCAGACAGGACAAUGCGAGAUCGCAUCCACGCUAGUCGUCCCAGUAAUGUCAAGAUCCUAGACCGAUACAGAGGAAUGGAAAAAGGUGAAGGAGAUCUCACUGGAGGCCACAGGAGCUUUGUGAAGACAGCAGGACACAAUACAUGGAGAGAUGACCAACCAAUCACUGUUGAUGAGGGGAGCGGAACCUCGACCCAGCACGUUAUCGUGAUAGAGUCUGCAGAUGCAGAGGCUGCAGGUCCUGGGGUCAAGCAGGAGAUGUCUGAAGGAGAGGAGGACCCACGUCACAGCAGAAACAUCCAGGUGGAAGCAGCAACUGAAGUGGCGCCCCCUGUAGCCACGGAGGACCCCACCACCGCUCCAGCGCAGCCCAGGAUCAGACACAGCAUCACGGAGGUCAGUGGAACGCAGAACGCCGCCCUCAAGUCAGAGACAGACACCGAGACUUUAGCGGGGCUGGAAUCACUGAGCUGUGCUCCUGCUCUCCGCUCAGAGUAUAUACUUUAUGGUAACCCAAGCCCGAGGACUGUUCUGUCCCAUCAGGACUCAGGUGACGUGUCACAGACUGGCAAUGAUCCGUCCUGUUCAUACGCUACAGAGAUGUUACCUGGUGACAUGCCUUUGGGCUUAGAUACACCGACUAAUCCAAUGAGAGGUGACUGGCACAGGUACAGUAGUAGUGUAAACUCUGAAGGGUGCCUAGAUAAGAAAGGGGGGGGUCUGGUCGUAGAUGAAGUGACUGUGAAAGUGGAGAGCGAUGUUUCUCUGUCAUGGAAUGCAGAUGAAACUCACUUAGGAGAAGGACACUCGCAGGGCAACACCAGUGACUUCUUUGACUACAGGGAAAGCUUAGAGACAAAUCUAAAUGUCGCAACCCACUCCCCUUUACACGCAUUCAGAGAACGCGACCCAGUGUCCACGUCGAUAGAGCCUUCCGAUUCACACGUCCGUGUCCUUUUUGAUCAGCUAUUGAACUCAAAUGACAGGGCUAAAGCCCAGGCUCGCGGAGGGGGAGCAACAUCAGGCAAUAGUAAAGAGAAACGGUUCCUCUGCAUGUUCUGUCACAAAGGCUUCAGCUGCCUCCAGAAUGUGGAGAUCCACCAGAGGGUUCACACAGGGGAGAAACCCUUCAGCUGUACCCAGUGUGAGAAGAGGUUCUCCCACCAGCACCACCUGAAAAGGCAUCAGAGAGUCCACACAGGGGAGAAACCCUACAGCUGCCCACAGUGUGAGAAGAGGUUCUCUCGCCAGGACCAGCUGAAGAUGCACCUGAAGGUCCACACUGGAGAGAAGCCAUUCGGCUGUAUGCAUUGCGGGAAGAGUUUUUCAGAGAGGAGAUGCCUCAGGAUACACCAGCAGAAAAACCAUCCCACUCUGUAAUAUAGAAAGUAACCAUUCCACUCAAUAGCUUCUGAUGUUUAGAUCAAUUGCAUUAAAGACAAAGAUUCAUUUUUGUUGUUGUCAGCUGAAAAGACCCAUAGAUGCAUGGAAUAACAAGAGUUUCGGUGUUGAAACAGAUUUCAGUGUGGAAAUUUCCUGGGUAGAACAUUGCAUCAACACGUGUGAUAUAUAAGGCAUAUAUACGCCUAAUGAGUGUCUUACAUAUUGUGUUUGUACUGUGUAGGCUAUAUGAUGUUCACAAAUGCCUAUUCCAUUACUUCCAUUGAACUACUUUAUUUUUAAAAUUAAUACAGUUUAUCAAGUUCACAAUGAUUUUUGUUGUUGUUGAGACGUGUAUGUGAGGUUUUCAUAUGGUGUGAUUAACACUUAUGUUUA